AUGCUUCUAUGUCUGCUUAAAGAUGCGGAAUCAACCAUAUCCGAGCUGCUGAGCUGGUUUAGUCUUUGGGCGAAACCUAAUCAAACCCUAACCGAACAAGAAGGGACGACGACUGGGUUUAACAAGGAUUCAAGUGGAAAUUCGGUUGUUCUGACACCUUUCUCAUCUUCCCAUUCUUCUCACAUAACAAAUCAGUCCACCAUAAUAGAUGAUCCGGAAAUCUACAUAAUCGGUGGACCCUCCAAGGAACCGUUGUCCUCAGUUAGAAUCCUUGAUUGUCGAAAUCAUACUUGGCGUGACGCUCCUAGCAUGAUCGUGGCUCGGGAAGAUGCGUGUGCGAUCUUCUGCGAUGAUAAAAUAUAUGUGAUGGGAGGCUGCGAUAUUGACGAGGACUUUGCCAAUUGGAUGGAGGUGUUUGACAUGAAGACUCAGUCUUGGAAAUCGUCUUUUGACAAGCAGGAAAACAAGAUUUGGUAUGCGAAGAUUUCUUUAGAAUCAAGAUGCAAUGGACGUGAGAUUUGGGGUCAGGUUGAGUGUGUCGAUGAGCUUAGUCGUUUCUUUUUCUUUGAACAUGCUGAAUAUGUUCGUUGUGACAUGCUGAAGCUCAACUUAAGUAACUGGUGGGAGGUCCCCUCACAAGAUUGGAAAAACACGGAAUCGUCGCGAGUGAAGUCACGCGCGAGCGAUUCUUCUCUCUUUUUCUCCGCUUCGUCGUUUUCUCAUUUUCUCUUCUCCGAGGUCUUCUCCGACGUCCGGCGCCGCUCGCCGAUGUUGUGA